UCUUAAAACUCUCAAAUUAUGUCUUCCUAACUUAAAUUGAAAUCUGUUAAGCAUGAGUAGAUUAUCCCUUCAAAUUGCAAUCGCAGUGAAAUCUUUUCUGCUUGUUUACUUAUUAAGAAGUGUUGUUGUAUCCAAUUUAGAGUCUGGAGUUGGAAAUCUCGAAACCAGAUGCACUGAUGAAGAAAGGAGAGCUCUCCUCAAGUUCAAGGACAAUCUUAAAUCCUAUAACAAUGACACUCUUUCUUCUUGGGGCUAUGAAGAAGAAAAGAAGGAUUGUUGCAGUUGGGAUGGAAUUGGGUGUGACAACAUAAGUGGGCAUGUCAUCAUGCUAAAUCUUUCUCAUCUUCAACUUUCUACAGGAGGUAAGUCUCUGAACACUCCAUUGAUUGAGUUGCGUUAUUUGAAUUAUUUGGACCUCAGUGGCAUCAACUUGAGGGGGAACAGCAUCUUAAGUUCGAUUGGAAACAAUAUGGUUUCCCUUCAACACCUUGAUCUUUCUUACACUCGAUUAGAAGGCUCCAUUCCUGAAACUUUUGGGAACAAUAUGACUUCCCUUUCAUACCUUGAUCUCAGUGUCAGUUACUUAACAGGUUCCAUUCCAAAUUCUCUAGGGAGCAUGACUCUUCUUACACACCUCAAUCUUUGCGAUAAUGAUUUCACGGGUUCGAUUCCUGAAUCGUUUUCCAACCUAGAGACCCUUACAUACCUGGAUCUUAGCCGGAACAAGUUAAAUGGUUCCAUCCCAAAGAGUUUUGGGGAAAAGAUGUCUGUCCUUGCAGUCCUUGACCUGAGCGAUAAUACUUUACGAGGUUCCAUUCCAGAAUCUUUUGGUUACAUGGUCAAGUUAACCUAUCUUUCCCUGGAGCAGAAUCUGUUAGAAGGUCGCAUUCCUGAAGCUUUAGGGAAUAUGUCUAUCCUUGAACACCUUGAUCUUACCAAUAAUACACUUGAAGGUGAAAUUCCGAAAUCCAUUUGGAACAUAUGCACUUUGCGUGAAUUGCGCAUGCCUUCAAACAUUCUUAGUGGUGUCCUCCCUGACCUUAGUCUAACAUCAUCCAGCUGCACAAAUCAUUCUCUGCAGACGUUGGAUUUACAUGACAACCUAAUUGUGGAGUUAUUUCCGUAUCUUUCAUUGUUCUCCUCUUUGAAGUACUUGGAUCUUUCCUCAAAUCAAAUAGGUGGAAGUGUACAUCCAAGUAUUGGUCAAUUAUCACAGCUGGAGACUUUAGAUAUUUCAAAUAACCUUUUAGAAGAUGUCAUUUCUGAAGCUCACUUUUUGCAACUCUCCAAACUAAGGUACUUGCAUUUAUCUUCAAAUAAAUUAUUGAUUUUCAAUGUAAGUUCUGCUUGGGUUCCUCCUUUCAGAUUGGAAAUCAUAUCCCUUAGUUCUUGUAAGUUGGGCCCUAGAUUCCCAAAAUGGCUUCAAACUCAAGUCAAUUAUUCAGUGCUUGAGAUUUCCAACACGGGAAUUUCAGAUUCGAUUCCCAUCUGGUUUUGGAACACAUCUACUGAAUUUCAAACUAUGAAUGCUUCUAACAACCAAAUCAGUGGAAGAAUUGCAAAUCCUUCAAUUUUGAAGUGGGGAGAUUUCCAUGUAGUAGAUUUCAGUUCCAAUCAAUUAGAAGGUGCAAUUCCAAUGUUUCUCUUCAAUGCUACAACACUGCACCUUUCAAGGAAUAAAUUCUCGAACGUCAAUUGUUUAUGUGACGUUAAGGGUCGAGCAGGUUUGGUAUCUUUAGAUAUCUCAUUUAAUCAAUUAUCAGGGACACUUCCCAAUUGUUGGUCAAGUUUAGAUAGUUUGGCAGUUCUCAACUUGGCACACAAUUAUAAUCUAUCAGGGAAACUUCCAACCUCCAUUGGCUCAUUGUUGUACAUUCAGGCAUUGCAUCUUGGCAAUAAUAAUUUUACAGGUGGAGUACCUUCAUCCUGGAAGAACUGCUCAAGGUUGGUAGCUUUUGAUGUGGGAGAGAAUAACUUGUUAGGACCAAUUCCAAGUUGGAUAGGGGAAAGUCUAACAAAGCUUGCCAUACUUGUCCUAAGAUCCAAUCACUUCAAUGGAAGCAUACCCUCAAAUAUAUGUCAUCUACAAUCUCUUCAACUGUUGGACUUGUCUAUGAACAACAUCUCAGGAAAUCUUCCGACGUUUGUUGGUAAUUUUACUGAAAUGAGUAAAGUUGGAAGUAUACAUGCAACCAUUUCUUAUCUCAUCUCUGUCCCUGUUCCUGCAAGUAGUUCAACUCUUUUUAUAAGGAAGGAAGAAAAAAUAGAAGUUGUAUGGAAAGGAGUAAUGUCAGAAUUUGGAAGAACUUUGGGACUGGUAAAGAGCAUUGAUCUAUCAUGCAACAUGCUGAAUGGUGAAAUUCCAAGCGAAAUCACUUUGCUUAUUGGAUUAGUUUCUCUAAAUUUAUCGAGAAACAAUCUAAGUGGACAAAUUCCUGCAAGGAUUGGUGACAUGAGCCCGUUAAAUGCUCUCGAUUUGUCAAAUAACCAUUUGUUGGGUCGAAUUCCUCAAGGCCUUGCCCUGAUUGAUGGCAUGGGUGUGCUAAACUUGUCAAACAACAACUUAGUGAGUGAAAUUCCAACAAGCAAUACUGGUAAACUUCAAAGCUUUGAUGCAAGUGCAUACAUGGGGAAUCCUGGACUUUGCGGCGAUCCACUCUCUAACAAGUGUCCAGGAGAAGAACCACCUCCUCCUCCUAGAUCUACCGAAGAAGCUGGCAACAUUAAUGGAGAAGACACAGACAAGUUUAUAGGCCAUGGAUUUUACGCGAGUAUGGGGAUUGGAUAUGCUGCUGGAUUUUGGGGACUAUUGGGCAUGUUGAUUUUCAACAGGUCAUGGAGGGUUGCAUAUUUCAGACUUUUAAAAGAUUUGGAAGAUCGGAUUUAUGUUUUGGCUGCACUGUACAAGGCAAAGUUCCUCAGGACACUCCGAGGUUAAUAAGGUUAUUACAAGCUUUUAAGCUUUUAAGCUUUUUGCUUGUGGAAAUUAAGCAUUUGCCAACUGUAGAUUAUUUUUUAUGUGCUUUCUAUCUGGGCGUAUGUGGCAAGGCUUUGAACUAGUGCGGCUGUCAUUUGAUUCUUUAAAUUCACUAUCUUCUGCAUAUUUGGUCUCCUUGCAAUCACCAUUUUCUCGGAGACAAGAUCAGAAAGAAUACGAUUCAACUAACCACAGGAUGCAGAACUGGAAGAAGUUCACGAAGAAAGAGUGGAAUGAUUUUACGCAAGGAAUAUUACUCUCCGCUAUUUUUUUUCUAGUGUUCAAAAUGUAAUUUAUUUUUGUACUUUUGAGGCAAUGCAUUUAAAGUACUGUAAAUAUUCACGUGCACUAUUGCAUUCAAAUAUUUGGUGGAGAUUUUAACAAAA